AUGUCAUUACUCCCUUAUUUGGUAUUAUGCUUGGCAAUAGUAUCGGUCAGAUCAUUUACACCAGAGGCAAGAUAUGCACAUUCAAGUUCAUUAGUCGGAAAUAAAUUAUACUUCUUCGGAGGAUUAGGAGAUGGAUCCGGUAUAUCGACACAAGCAUUUUACUUGGAUUUAUCGACAUCAUUUAGCCUAAGUAACUUAUCAUGGGUGGAUGUCACUUCAAUGCCGGUCGGGGUAUCAUUCACGCAAUCGUUCGUAGGUGGAAUGUCAAAUGUUAGCGUGUUUCUCUUUGGAGGCUCAAGAACGAAUUCGGAUUCUUCAUUAAAUCUCGAUAAUAAACUUUACUCAUUUAACACGCAAACUCAAGCAUGGUUUGAACCAAUCGUUAAAGGGGUGGGUCCGAUGCAAAGAAGGCAGGAACAAGUUUCUGUUGACGUGAAUGGUAAAGCUUAUUCAUUUGGUGGUGUGAUUGAUGAAAUGACUGGAAAUAUUGAGACAAACUUGUUGCAAGAUAUGAAUUCAUUUGAUACGAUCAAUUCGGAAUGGUCAUUGAACAUUUCUUUAAACGAUGUGGCCUUACCAUUCCCACGUAGUGAUUAUACUUCAACGAUAUUAAGUAAUGGUGUAAUAGUUUUUAUUGGAGGAUGGGAGCAAACCACUUCGGAUAAGGGUCUAUUCGUUUAUGUUAGCAUGAAAAAUUUGGCAUUGUUUAAUACUAAUACCGCCACUUGGUCAUCUACGGUAGCUCAAGGGGAUGUAAUUGAUGAAAGGAGGGCUCAUCAAGCGGUAUUGACUCGAGACGAAAACAUUAUAAUCUAUGGAGGUGUGAAGGAUUUCUGGGCCCCAUCCAUGCCCGAAUUGGCAGUAUUAGAAACAAGGGAUGGAAAAUUUCGUUGGUUCGUACCACAAAUCACGGCAAAGAAUCGUCCACCAUCCCUUGUAUAUUUUACUACAAAUAUCUUUGAGGAUUACAUGUUUAUAUCAUUUGGUAACAUAAGCAAUCCGGUGACAAGUCCGGUGAACACAUCAUCGACAAUAUACUUGAUGGAUACGAGAAAUUUCACGUGGGUAGAUACGUUUGAAGCAAAGACGUUAGAUAUGAAUCCAACAACGCUCACCAAAUCUCAAACGUCAAUCAUAAUUGGAUUAUCGGCAUCAGGUGCGGGUUUGAUCAUACUUAUUUCGGCUGUUACAUGUUACCUUAGAUGGAAAAAGAGGAAGAGCCUUUCAACGAAAAAGGAUAUCAUCGUAACUCCCGGUACGGACCAUUUCACGGUUCAAACCACAAGGCAAAUUACACUUAAUUCUCCUAAUUCUACUUCACCUUAUUCACGAACCCGAUCACCUACUGUUCCUUCUUCACCUACUUCGCCUACUUCGCCUACUUCACCUUACAGUUCACCGGUUCAAUAUUCACCCACAAAUUCCGGUAAUUUUAGUCAAGUUAGUUCAUCCAUCGGCGGAAAUGGAUGGGAAAACGGUUAUUAUCCACAAACUCAUUUUGCAGCUGGUCAGCAAUAUUAUCAACCUUAUGUUGAAAAUUUUCAGAAUUAUACCCCACCAUCUCCAUUAUUACCCCCAAUGCAGUCACAACAAUAUUACAAUUCACCUAAUCAACCUCAGAUCGUACAGAAUGUCGUAUUACCCGGUGUAAUACCGCAAUAUGGUUACAUACCUCAACAAGUUGUUUAUCAAUAUCAAGAUCCCCCAUUUCCAUAUCAAGAAUAUGAUCAACCAUCACGUCCCGAAACUCCAUCUCCGUUACAAUACCAAGGGAAUGAUCAUCUUUAUCAAAACCCUUCAAGAUUAUCACCUACCUCUCGAACCGCACCCAAUUCAAACAAAAAUUUUACCCCUCCGAACACUUCCGUUGUAACUCCUACGAUUACUAUUAGUAGGCCCAUGAGUUUGAUUGAUAAAAUUAGAAAAAUUGGUAGUGAUGACGGCAGUAACGCUAGCAGAAGAAACAGUAUAAUUUCGAGAAUAAGAAGAAUGGGUAAUGAAGAUAGCAGCAGCACUGGUAACAGCAGAAGAAAUACGAGUAAUACUUCUUAUACUGAAAGUACUGAAGCUAGUAGGAUGGAGAAAAUAAGUAGUAUUGGAAAUGAAGAUAACAACGAUAGUGCUAGCGCCAGCAAAAGAUAUACGAGCAAUACUGUUAAUACUGUUAAUACUGUUACCACGAACGCUACUAGUCAUAGUAAUAACGACGUUUGCAGAGUCGAAGCAAGGAUUCGUAUCAUGCCUUAUAUUACUUGCUUUGUUCCUGGUGACUCGGAAAUUUUCAAAAUCAAUAUCAGAAAAGACAAAGACAUUGUUGAACUCAAGAAGGCCAUCAAGGAGAGAAAACAGUCAAUAUUCAGUACUAUCGAUGUUAAUAAACUUCUUCUCUGGAGGGUCAACAUUCCAACGGCUGAUGAACAAAUGAUUAUGAAAAUUUCCAACGAUUCGAUCAAUAUUGAGGAUGAAACCGGAGGCGAGUUGUUACCUUCAUUGGGAGAUAUUCAAACGCUAUUUCCCAAGCAGCUUGCCAAGGAUCAUAUUCAUGUUCUCGUAUUGUCCGAUGAUGUAAAUGAGCUCUCAAAGAGAUGCGAUUUAGACGCCGCCUUCAUCCCGCCUUACUUGAAAAAUAAUGCAAGGAUACUCCUUGAAAUAGUUGAUAGCAAGAUGGAGGUUAAUGAACAAGCCUGGUUAAUUCAAUGGAAUCGCCCAUUUUCGCGUGAGGGACUGAAUCAGACAUUGGAUCAUCUCAUCGCUCAUAUCACAGAUCCACAGUGGAAUGGGGUAAAUUUAAAUGGUUGGAACACGGUAUUCAAAUUUCGUAAUGGGAGACAACUUUCUGAAUGUGAAAGGGCCUUGCCGGAAUGGGCAAGAAGGCAAGUUGAAAAGACAGAUAUUGGAAUGAGUUAUCGCGUUAACAAAGUGUCAGAUAACGGAAAAAUCGUAAUAGAGUACUUUGAUCAUGCUUUUAAUAGAUAA